AUGAAAGUCCUGGUUGCUCUGGUUGCUCUGCUGGCAGCGGCGGUUGCCACGCCAGCCGUCCCGCCCAGCAAGGUUGUCUGCUAUUACGACAGCAAGAGCUACGUACGAGAAUUCAAGGGAUGCAUUUAUCCAGCUCAAGCACGUAUGCUGCCAUUGGACCUGGAUCCAGCUCUGUCGUUCUGCACUCACCUGGUAUACGGAUAUGCAGGAAUUCAACCUGACACCUAUAAAAUGGUCUCACUCAAUGAGAACUUAGACAUUGACCGCAACCACGCCAACUAUCGUGCUAUCACCAACUUUAAGACCAAAUACCCUGGACUUAAGGUCUUGCUCUCAGUGGGUGGUGAUGCCGACACAGAGGAAGAACAGAAGUACAAUUUACUGCUGGAGUCUCCACAAGCCCGUACAGCUUUCGUAAACUCUGGUGUACUCUUGGCAGAGCAGCACGGCUUUGAUGGCAUUGAUCUUGCUUGGCAGUUUGCUAGAAUCAAACCCAAAAAGAUCCGCUCUACUUGGGGAUCAAUCUGGCACGGAAUAAAGAAAACGUUUGGCACUACCCCCGUCGAUGAUAAAGAAGCGGAGCACAGAGAAGGCUUCACUGCUCUUGUUCGUGAAAUGAAAGCUGCUCUCAACCUGAAACCAAACAUGCAAUUGUCGGUCACUGUGCUUCCCAAUGUCAACGCUACCAUCUACUACGACGUACCUGCUAUUAUAAACUUAGUGGACAUUGUGAACAUCAAUGCUUUUAACUACUACACUCCAGAAAGGAAUCCAAAGGAGGCUGACUAUACUUCACCUAUUUACAAACCUCAAGGCCGCAAUGAACUUUUAAAUGUCGAUGCCGCUGUAAAUUACUGGCUUCAAGCAGGUGCUCCUAGUUAUAAAAUCGUUGUGGGUGUCGCCACCUACGGCCGUACAUGGAAACUAACCUCCGACAGUGAAAUUUCUGGAGUCCCACCUAUUCAUGCCGAGGGACCUGGGGAAGCUGGUCCCUACACGAAAAUCGAAGGAUUGUUGAGCUAUCCCGAAGUUUGUGCUAAACUCAUUAAUCCCAACCAUCAAAAGGGUAUGCGUCCUCAUUUAAGGAAGGUCUCUGAUCCAAGCAAGCGUUUUGAAAUGGGCUUAACGAAGGAUGGCGACUUUUUUGGAACUUAUGCUUUCCGUGUUCCCGACGACAAUGGUGAAGGUGGUUUUUGGGUAAGCUAUGAAGAUCCCGACACUGCAGGGCAGAAGGCUGUGUAUGCCAAAUCAAAGAAUCUUGGAGGUGUUUCAAUUUCUGAUCUCUCUAUGGAUGAUUUCCGGGGCCUAUGUACAGAAUAUUUGGACAAACAAGUUGAUGCUUAUGUUAAUAAUAUUGAAAACGUAAGAAAGGCGGAGAAAAAUGUUUUUGAUCAGCAAAUAAAACAAGCUGAAGAUGCUAUAUGGAGAGCACAGGGUCAGAAAGUGUUAAUGGACGCCAAAAAGGAAAAUAUAGUAAUGCAACUUGAAGCUGUUUACAGAGAAAGAUUAAUGCAAGCUUACAAAUCUGUCAAGGGUCGUAUGGAUUACCAGGUAAAACUUUACCAAUCCAAUGCCAGGAUUCAACAAAAGUGGAUGAUAGAAUGGAUUAUUGAUCAAGUGAAGAAAUCAAUAACACCUGAUUUUGAAAAACGAGUCUUUGACAAUGCUAUUCUACAAAUUGCUGAUGCUGCUGGUCGAGUCAAAUAG